AUGGAAGGACCGCUAAAUACAAAGAACAAGAAGACACACUUAAAGACAAAGAGCAAGAAGACACACUUAAAGACAAAGAGCAAGAAGACACACUUAAAGACAAAGAGCAAGAAGACAAAACUUAAAGACAAAGAGCAAGAAGACACACAUAAAGACAAAGAGCAAGAAGACACACUUAAAGACAAAGAGCAAGAAGACACAUUUAAAGACAAAGAGCAAGAAGACACACUUAAAGACAAAGAACAAAGAGCUAGAAGACACUUAAGACAAAGAGCAGAAGACACACUUAAGACAAAAAGAGCAAGAAGACACACACAAAAGACAAAGAGCAAGAAAGACACACACAAAGACAAGAGCAAGAAGACACAUGAAGACAAAAGAGCAAGAAAGACACACUUAAAGACAAAAGAGCAAGAAGACACACUUAAAGACAAAGAGAGCAGAAAGACACACAUAAAGAGACAAAAGAAACGAAAGACACACUUAGGAACAAAAGAGCAAGAAGACACACUUAAAGACAAAAGAGCAAGAAGACACUUAAAGACAAAAGAGCAAAGAAGACACCUUAAGACAAAAGAGCAAGAAGACACCUUGGUGCAAAAGAGCAGAAAGACACACUUAAAGACAAAGAGCAAGAAGACACACUUAAAGACAAAGAGCAAGAAGACACUCUUAAAGACAAAGAGCAAGAAGACACAUUUAAAGACAAAGAGCAAGAAGACACACUUAAAGACAAAGAGCAAGAAGACACACUUAAAGACAAGGAGCAAGAAGACACUCUUAAAGACAAAGAGCAAGAAGACACACUUAAAGACAAAGAGCAAGAAGACACACUUAAAGACAAAGAGCAAGAAGACACACAUAAAGCCAAAGAGCAAGAAGACACACUUAAAGACAAAGAGCAAGAAGACACACUUAAAGACAAAGAGCAAGAAGACACACUUAAAGACAAAGAGCAAGAAGACACUCUUAAAGACAAAGAGCAAGAAGACACUCUUAAAGACAAAGAGCAAGAAGACACACUUAAAGACAAAGAGCAAGAAGACACACUUAAAGACAAAGAGCAAGAAGACACUCUUAAAUACAAAGAGCAAGAAGACACUUUUAAAGACAGUAAAGAGCAAGAAGACACUCUAA